CUCCAUCUGCUCGACGACCUGCGCCAGACGGACGAAGAAGGCUCGAAGGGCGCUCGUCCUCUCCGUAGCCGCGGGGUCGACCCAGGGCUGGCCCAUCGAUGCGUAGACGAGCUCGUCUCGCUCCAGCGAGGCCAGCGAAAAGUGUUCUAUGCCGCGGGAGUCGAAGAGCCGUCGAACAGCCGAGGUGGCCUGCAGGAUGUUGGUACAGUUGUCGAGGAACUGAAAGAGGUAGACAAACAAACAGAGCUAGUCGCAUCUUGUCGGCCGGCUGGUCUCAGACGGACAGGGCGCAUCCAACCCGAGAAGGGCGGUACCAAUCCCGGACACGUAUCCUUUGCGUCCGGAGGCCAAACACAUGUUGUGACAUGUCGUGGGGUCUGUGUGAAGAAGGCUCACGUCUACCAGAUGGGACUGAAUUUCGACUAA